GCCGUUUGCUACACAUCAUUCAUGGCCGCCCCGACGCCGACAACGCUCGAGAGCAGCAGCCGCCAGGACGAAUCGGCCAUGAGCUUUCGCGGCCACUGCCUCUACAAGACCGGCAAGUGCAAGAACGAGCGCGCGCUCAAGACGAACGGCCAAGCGCACAACCUCUGCGACGAACACCGUGCCAAGCAAAACCAAAACCAGCGCAAAAUGGACUCCAAGAUGCGCCAGAAGCGCCACUACUCGCCGUACGAGUCGCCACAGAGCGCCCACGGCUACGACGAACCGCUGCCCUACCCGCCGUCGUCCAUGCCAAGCCCAUACCCCGCGUAUCCGACCAUGAUGUACCCGCCGGCGUACAAUGGCUUCUACGAGAGCCGCCCGGCGUACGGCCACCUGCACCACGCGCCGAUGCCAGACGUCGGCGACCAGAUCACGGUGCCCACGCCGUCGUACCUCAAGGGCGAAGCACGAGAAGCGUUCCGGUCCCGCGUGCUGCAGAAGCUCGUCAACAUCAUUUCGGAAGAGGUGACGGCGAUUCCGCCGCCGCCCAUGUACAGCGCGCAUACCACCAGCGUCUACGAGGACGACCGCCUCCCGCCCCAGCGCCUGCCCUCGCUUGCGUCCCGCAUCUCGCGGCACGGCGUCCCAUCGCCCGAGUCCAAGCAGUGAAUGUGCCCCCGGGUUUUAAUUUAUUUUGUUUUGUCGCGAA